AUGGCCGCACUCUCCUGCUACCAGCCCUGCAGGUCGCAUCUCGCGCAGCCUGCUAGGUGUCUAGACGACGAAGAAGAUUGUCAGCAAGUGAACUUCUCGCUGCGGAGACAGCAGUUUAUCGAGAGAUGUCACGAGGCGCGAGGUCAGCGCCCCCGUGACUCCAUCCCGGAGGUCUCCGUCAAGAGGACCAGGGAGGAGCUGGCAAAGCAUGCCUCGCAAGCCACACCGCUAAACCGCCGGCUCAACGUGGAAGCCGGCUGGUCCAAGGUCGAGGAAGUGAGGAAGAAGUUCGAAGGAGCUGCUAAUUGCCCCUCGUUUUCGAGGUCUUUUGAGUCGCCGCCCAGGCGUCGUCUCGCAGACUCGUUGUUCGCGAGUUUCAAACUCCCGCGCAAGUCGAGGGAAGGCAUGGCGGCCCCCAGGUCCCUGGCGCCGCCGCAGCAGCAGAAGAGGAAGUCCGCUGUCGAACUGCUGGCAGAGACUAAAGCCUUCUACGUCAAGUCCGAGACUGUGCUCGAUAGGAAACAGGAACUACCGUUGAGGAUGAGCAGCGGUCUGGGCCAGGCGAUCGCAGCCGGUGGCUGUCACCUGGUCAGCUCCGGCACUCUCAACCAAGAUGCUUGCUGUAAUCCUUACGCCACGACCCGCAGUACAGGCGCGAGGCGAGCAGUGAGCGCGGGCGAGGGCCUGCAGAGCACGCUGCGUCGCCUGCUCGACCAUGCAGACAGCCGGGAGAACGUCUACUCACCACCCUUCGCUGUUUGUACACUGUCAGCGCACAAAGUAUAUGCUGACACGAGACGGCUAAAAGACUCUUACCCAGAACGGGAGACCAUGCCUCGGUCACAGCACAACUCUGGAACCUUCUCCGGAACAUUCUCGGGCACCUCCUCAUCUGGAACUUCAGGGUCUAAGGCUCAGAAGUCAGACCCUGACCAUAGAGAGAAGAUGAACAGGCCCCUGAGUUUUGGAGACGCAAGGGUCUUCUUCCCGGAGUCAUUUGUAAUACCACGGCAGAGGGCCAGCGAAGUCGUGAUCAAGGGUGGAUACUCUAUGCCGAGUUCCCACUCAAGUCCAGAGAACAUGGAGCUACCUGAACCAGUGGUGAGUGGGUCUGGGUCACCAGCGGACCCCAUCCCCACCAUCAGUCCGCCGGCGCAGUAUGCACACUCCGCACCUCGGUAUAUCAGGUAUCAAGAAUCGAACUCCCACUCCCAGCCAAGUAUGCGCGAGGACGACAGUGGCUGCCCCAACAUCAACAGUCACAAGUCGCUGCCAGACUUGCACUCGCAGACCAGGUGCUACCCGGAACACGCCAACGUAGGCCACACAGACACCAUCGGCCGGUCCCCGCGGCGCCGGCGCCACUCCACGCACCAGCGCACCGCGUCCUGCUCCUCCAAGGGCACGCGCUCCAACCACUCCUCACUCAUGUCCUCCUGCGAGGCCUUCUCAGAACACCCCUCGCCUGGAGAGGAGAACUACCAGUCUUAUAAUAGUCGGUGCGGCUCGUCGUUCGCCCGCGACUCGGGCGGGUCGAGCGGGCACUACACGCAGCGCAGCGCCCCGCACGCGGCGCCCGCGCGACACUCGCACCGCCGGACUGACUCCGGCUCCUCCACGCAACACGAACAUGAACACGCCAGGGGCUACAACUCGUACGUGUCGGAGUACGGCGCGCCCCUGGAGUGCUACGUGUCCGCGCCCCCGCAGUUCCAGGACGGCGCCCCCGACCCGCCCGCGCCCCCCGCGCCCCCCGCGCCCCCGCCGCACCACGCACACCACCAUCACUAUACUCACGCGCCCAGAGUCGGGAUACACUUCCAGGCGAGCGCUCCCCCGCCCCAGUUCCAGGACGAGCCUCCAAUGUACGACUACGGAGACUACGAGUGCACCUACAAGACUCCGCUGAAGUGCCUCAACGUGGGACGCAAGGAGUACGCCAGAGAGUAUACGAGAUACCACGAACCGAGUACGGAGUUAGUAAACAAACAGCCGCAGUACCAGGAACUGCGCAUGCGGCCGCGACAGGAUGACAACCAGGACUACGUCAAUACCACACAGAUAUGUCCACCGGAAGAAGUAACGUCACCGCUGGGUACCUUUAAGCGACAGCGAUGUUUGCGGUACAAGCAGAGACGACCCAGACCUAUACUGCGCUCUAAAUCUGAUAUCUCGGAUAGGUACAGACGCUCAGACGGACGCAGCCCAGCGUCAGCUCCAUGCGAAGGCGAGGACUCGCCGGACAGUCCAUCAGAAGAGGCCUCGCGUCUCCAAGACUUCUUCGAGCGGCUGGGCCUGGAACCCCGCCAGUAUGAUGCACUCGUACGGGACGCUCCACCUGACAGUCCUGUGUUCUUCUCAUCUGCUUCCACUGUAGACUCCAACCAGCUUGCUGCUACUGCUGACUAUACGGUCCAAGGUCCAGGCGUUCAGAAACAAAUCUACAGGAACACAGAACCCCCUAGCGUCGUAGAACGGAACGCUCGCAUCAUUAAAUGGCUCUGUCAAUGCCGGAAGACGCAAAUGCCACCGCCGCAGUGA